AUUGCCAGUUUGAUUUAAACUGUCGUGCCGAUCGGUCCGUUUUCUGUGUCGCUAAAUCGGCUUCUGAAUUUUUCGUCUUUUCAAUUCAGUUAAUUUAAUUUAACGAAAAAUUUAUUGAUUCUAUAUUCACGAAAAAUGAUAUUAAUACGGAUAACAAUUUUGCAUGAUGACCAUUCGUCGCCUAUAUGUCGUACUGAUCGCGAAUCGUCACAUCAAUAAUUAAAUUUAUUUGUUAAAAAAUACAAAUAUAAUAAAAAAGAAAGAAAAAAAAACUUAAGUUCGAAAACGAUAUCUUACAAAAUAAAAUCUAAAAAAAAAAGUUUUAUAGAAGAACAAGAAACUUAACAUUUGAAACCUGUACUCAUCACGGUGUUGUGUUCAGACUCUACUGAGUUUCGUGUUCAAUAUGCAUCAAAUAUUUUAAAUUUUCUAAUAAAUUUUGAUGCUUAAUUUCAACUGUGUAUAUUAUAUACGAUAAUAUUCGAGUGGAUUUAUACAUUGGCACAGCAGUGGGUGUUAAUAAAAUACAACAAGGAUUUAUGGAUUUGUCGUUAUGUCCGAUUCUAAUGGCUACCAAUUUAUAUAUACACGAUCAUGAUCGCGUAUAAGAAUUUUUAAAUAAAUUGUAUAUAAUUUCCUGGAAUAUAAUUGUUGUUUAGUGAGAAACAUAAAAUUAGUUGUGAGUAUUUAUGGAACAAGUGACUGUACGAACGAAAUAACAAAAAAACAAAAAACAAAUUGUGUUGAUAGAGUUCUUUAAACAUGUAUGACAAACGAUCUAUCGAAUGUGGCGAUAAAGAUCAAGACACUGACUCACUAUCGACUGCAAUGUUAAGAAGGCGAGCAUUUCAGCGACGAGCGUGUAUCUUAAGCGUAAUGGCAGCUUUUUCGCUCGGAUUAAUUUUGGGCGUUCUUAUGCCGAUGUUUGGCUUCGGCGCUAGAGUUUUCACCGGCUAUCCAAUCAAGCAAACGAACAACACACUAUCGAAUCGACCGAUAUCGUCGCUACAUCAUCACAACGAUAUACCAGACAUUCAUUUUCCCACCAUCUAUGACAUUCAAAAGAAUAAGAAACGGAAUGAUAAGGAUUCAUAUGCCGUGUCCUUUGUAACCGAUGAGAAACUAUCAGCUGAAACAGUCUUCAAAAAUGCAUUCCAUUUGGAUAAUAAUAAGGGCACGAAUACGAUGACAGUUAAGAAACUCGAUGCGAGUGAUGGAAGUAUCAAAGAAUUUACCGUGCAACGAACUACCGACGGCCUUUUUCGCAAGAGUCCAGAAGUGCGUAUAUCAAAGCCGUUUUUGACUGACAAAAUAUUGUCGCCCGUAAAUGACGACAAAUAUGCUUCGGUUGAAUUCGUCCAGCAAGAAAAUGUACAAGAUGGUGACCCUCAUGGCAUUGUCGAUGACGAUAUUUAUUGGAGCGAGAAAAUCGAGAAAUCGUUACCGCAAGGUUUUAGCAAACAGCAAACCGAUGAUUGGAAUGAAUAUGUUGCAACAGCUGCUGUGACAAAGUUAGAAAUUGGAUGUGGUCGAAUGCAGAAUCGUAUGGUUGUAUUCCAAGAUGGGAAAAAGGCCUGUGCACGGUAUCGACAAAAUACCGAUCAAAUUCAGGGAGAGUUGUUCAGCUUCUUUUUGGGGCAGCUACUGAAUUUAAGUAAUUUAGCACCCAGUGCUGCUUCAGUCAUUGACUUGAGGUCACACACAUGGCAGUCGGCAACCAAUGACAUCCAAAACGCUCAAUGGAAAUCAUUCAAACCUGUUGUUCUGACCAAAUGGCUACCCGAUCUCGAAUCAGCCGGCAUUCCAAAACCAUUUCAACCACUGGAACGUCAUCUCAACAAAAUGGACAUUCACAACAUAUCGCUGGACUUGGAUUUACCUAAGCCGCAACGAAAUUUAUUGGAACGAUUGAUGCCAUCGAAAAACGCAUCGUCAGCUCAAACGGUGUUGAUUCCAACGGAACUGAGCGAAAAAGCUCUGUCACGAUUCAUCGAACUUGCUCAAUGGUCGGACUUGAUAGUGUUCGACUAUUUAAUAGCAAAUUUAGAUAGAGUCGUCAACAAUUUGUACAAUUUCCAGUGGAAUGCCGACAUAAUGGCAGCGCCAGCACACAAUCUGGCCAAACAAAUUGACUCCGAUCUAUUGGUAUUCCUUGACAACGAAUCCGGUUUACUGCACGGCUAUCGAUUGCUCAAGAAAUAUGAAGCCUAUCAUGGUCUUUUGCUGGAUAAUUUAUGCAUAUUCCGUCGACCGACAAUCAAAGCACUGCAACAACUUCGAGAAAAUGGUGUUGGCAAUGAAUUGCAGAAUGUUUUUGAACGAACAACAAUAAGCAGUGUACGCGAUGUGCUGCCAUCGCUUCCCGAGAAAUCAAUAAAAAUAUUAAACGAUCGCAUCGAUCGGGUUUUAGGACAAGUGCAAAAGUGUCAAGAAGUAUUUUCAAGUAGGUAACAUUGAUUUAUGUGUGUUCUUUUGCUGCCAUAUUGAACCAUAAAAAUUGAAAUAUUUAACAAUGGGAUUCUCUGGUGGUGCUUCAAUGAUUUCCAUGUAUAAUAUUGUGUAUUGAGUGAGUGAGUUACUCACGGUAACGAUUGCAUUGAGAUAUGAUGUGUUUUCUGAAGCAUUUUUUUUACUGAUUCCAGACGAAUUUAAAUAUUUGUGUUUUUAUCGUUUAACACGGCAGUUUAUAGUAAUUGUAAAUUGUACUAAAAUUCGUGAGUGUCUCACAAAGCCAGUCAUUAAACUAUUUUGUUUGUUUCAUUUUGUUUUGUUGUUCUGUAUUUUGUAGAUAUGAGAAUAUUGUGAUUUUUAUUAAUUAUUUAUAGGGGAGAAAGAAAAGGAAAGAAAAAAUUGAGAUGACCGGUGUUCGUAAGGUUAAAUACAGAACACACAUAAUAGCGAUGUAAAUAGAAAAUGUUUUCAUAAAGAAGAAAGAUUUUUUUUGUUUAAAUUAACGGAUAAUAAAAAACGACAACUAAAGCCGAGAAAUAUUAAGUGUGUAUAGUUUAGAGAAAGUACCAAAAAUAAUAAAUUAUGACAAAAAUAUAACAAAUAUGUUAAAAUGUAUUGCUUAAUGAAAGAAUCGAAUAGAAGUGUAAAUAUCAGAGAGAAACAAAAAAAAAAAAACAC